AUGCUUGACAUUCUUUUGCCACUGACUGUUUCUACCAAACCUCCCGUGGUUGGUGUUAAUGUAGUUCAAGUUGAAAUGAUUGAUGAAUAUGGGUUAGGAUAUAAUGGUGCUCCGGUUUAUAUUCCCGCUCCCAUUCCUUUUGAAACUGAAAUUAUUGCUGCACCAGUGGGACAGGACAAAUCGGAGAAUGGGACUUUGAAAAAAGCUCCUUGUAUUUCGAAAGAGGCUGAUAACAACGAGUUGUUUAUUGUCGAAGGAAAAUCGGCAGGAGCAAAAGCAGGACCUUUAUCAACCAACAUUUAUCUGGGUGUUGCAAAUAUCAGAGGUGGAACUGUUAUUAUUGGAUCCAAGGAUUCAGAUUUAAUUUCCCCUGCGGGGUUCAAAGAGAAAUUAUCAGGAAAUCAGAUCGAUAAUUCAACGUCUGAAUCAGGGGGCAAUGAUGAUGACGACACUCUUGAUUCCUCCAAUUCCUCUGAUUUCUCUGAUUUCUCUGAUUUCUCUGAUUUUUUAAAUCCACUCAUUCAGAUAAUAACAAUAAGAAG